AAGAACCGCAUCUGCGCAUGACAUCAGCAUCUUUGUUUACCCGUAGCGCAGCCGCUGGAGCUCUCAAACCGCGGAGACGUACUGUGUUUGUUAGUCAUCUGCGGCUUAUCUCACAGAAGCGGCUAAUUUCUUUGUCUGGUUUGCGUUUAAUUAACUGCGAUAUGUCGGAAAACGGCUCCGGGCCCAGAGAGGACUGUACAGACGCCAGAAGAGACGAUGGACAGCAGUCAGAGGGGUCUUUGUCUGCCUCUGUUCCCAUGGACGUGGAUGCCAAAGCCCACUCCCACAGCUUCAGAUACAGCCUGGCUUUCCCCAGCAUCGGCCAGUGCAUCAUCAUCAACAACAAGAACUUUGACAGAAGAACUGGCAUGAAUCAGCGAAACGGUACUGAUGUAGAUGCAGCCAACGCAAUGAAAGUCUUUUCCAAAUUGGGUUAUAAAGCGAAGGUUUACAACGACCAGACAGUGGAGCAGAUGAAACAGGUUCUAAUGGCUGCGUCGAAGGAAGAUCACAGCUGCUCGGCGUCAUUCGUCUGUGUUCUGUUGAGUCAUGGAGAUGAGGGCGUGUUCUUCGGUACAGAUGGAUCCAUCGAGCUGAAGUACCUCACGUCACUUUUUCGAGGCGAUCGCUGCAGAUCACUGGUGGGAAAGCCCAAACUCUUCUUCAUCCAGGCCUGCAGAGGCACCGAUCUGGAUGCAGGCAUUGAAACAGACAGUGGAGAAGAUACAACCAAGAUCCCUGUGGAGGCAGACUUCCUCUACGCUUUCUCCACAGCACCAGGCUACUACUCUUGGAGGAACACCAUGACUGGGUCCUGGUUCAUGCAGUCACUCUGCGACAUGAUCAGCAAAUAUGGAAAAGAAUUAGAGCUCCAGCACAUCAUGACACGAGUUAACCACAAGGUGGCGGUAGAGUUUGAGUCUGUGUCCAAUUCACCAGGCUUCGAUGCAAAGAAACAAAUCCCCUGCAUUGUGUCAAUGCUGACCAAAGAGAUGUAUUUUACUCCUUGAUGCCGCUUCCACGUCAGAGGAACGGCCUGUGGGUGUGUAUGGGAGGGUGAGAAUUCUUUUAGUUUACACUUUCUAUAUAAAGUUCUCCUGAAGUUUGUGUGUUUCUGGGAGAGCAGAUGUGAUGUAAAGUUGCAGUCGCAUUUCAAAAGCAUUUCACAAGCUUGUUUCAGUAUGAACUGUAGCUCUUAUGUAUGUGGCAUUCUUUUUUGUUUUUGUUUUGUUUUUUACCCCAGGAGCAUGUCUUUUUUUCUUCUUUUUUUUAACAACUAUGUGAACAUAAACUACAACCGAAAGUAAUAAUGGGAACUACAACACCGGUAACAGUGGGAACUCUGGGCUCACAGUGUGUUACCAGGUGCCUCUUUGUUUACACUCUACACAUUUCAGGGAAACAUGUUUGGAGCCAGUUUAACAGGAAGUUUGACCUUCUGUAUUUGUGUAAUCAUGAAUCCGCAGAUGGGCCCGCUGCCCUCCAGCAACAACAUUUUUAUGAAUCAGCAAAUAUAUCGUAACUCAAGCGUCUGAGCAACGUGACAGUGUGUUAUGAAAGGAUCAUGUCUGUAACUUUUUUUUUUCUCGGUUUUCCGUUCUUUUCUCUCCACUACUGCGUCAGUGUGGUGGCAUCCGACUUGAAGGUUGUACAACUAAAACAUAACCGUCAUUUUCUGAAUUGGUACCUGAUGAGUUGUGUGAGGUUGACAUGAAAGCAGCCGCUGAACUCAGGAGGUAAAUUGAUGUGUGGAAAAUUCAGGAGCUUCCUGGGAGCUGCCUUGUGAUUUGUGGGUUAUGAAGCUCAGAAGUAAGUUUUGUUUUUUCUGAACAUGGAUUUCUUUGAAUGAACUGUUGCCUGUGAAUAUCCUCAGAUUAGUGGGAGCGCAGGCUUUAUAGCAUGCAUGAGUCAUAAUGCUGUCACAAUUUGAAGAGUUGUGCUUGAACUCAGCAUUACAUUUCAUUUUUAACAGUUGUUUAUUGGUCAGAUUAACCUCAUGGCAAAAAAAACGACCAGAGCUGUAAAGCUGAAAUGAAAAAGUCGACGUAUUGAUUAUACAAUUGAUGGAAAAUUAAUUAAUAGUUUUCAUGUGAUUUGUUUUAGUUGUUUAAGCAAAAAAUUUAAAAAUAUCACUUGUACCAGCAUUUUGAACGUGAUUUUUGCUUUUAUAAUCUCAAGAUUUUGUACUGUUGACUAGACAAAACUAAAAAUUCGAAUUUUUCAGGGAAUAUUGAUGUGCCUUUUUCACUCAACAAUUGGCCAUUUUUUUAAAAAAUAAAACCAUAUUGUGAUGCAUUGGUGAUUCAAAAAAAAAAAAAAGUUUUUUGUUUGCAGCCUUGCCAUACUCUGAUGCCUGAGAUUUUCUUUGUGUUUGUCAUUUAACACGGAAGAAAUCACAACAGAUGUUAACUAAACCAAUUCAGGUUUCAAAAUGAGAUUUUCACACAGUCUCUGUACGGAACUAGAGCCACUCGAUGGGAACAAAGGACCCAUCGUAGCUGAUUUUGUACUUCACCGGUGCAAAUUUCUAACCUUCAUAAUGAAAUGUGUAAGCCUGUGUUCUAGUGAAUUAUUGUAGUCAAAGCUGUGCAUGUGAUCACCUGCAUGGACUGAUUUACAACAGAAAAAAGCACAAUUUACUUAAGUGUGCGCUGAUCCUGGUGGUGCUCCUUUGUGUAUCUGAUUGCUGUCAACAUUUACAGCAAAUACGCUAUAUCUGUCACUACACAUGCUGUUAAUAAUAUUUCAUUCACUGAUGUGUGACAAUCAAGCUUUUAAGUCGCGUUAUGCAACAUUUUGCUCUGAAUGUCGCUUCUCUGCUUUUUUUUUGUUGUAACGUCACUGUUUUGUAAGCAGCUAUGUACUGUGAGGUUGGUGUCAUGUUUUUCCUUCAAAUAAAGACCACUUUUCAUCCUG